ACAUAAUUGUAUUAAUGAUGCCCUUGAUUUUUACUUUGUUUCAUAUCUUUAACCCAAGGACUACUUGAUUUUAGUUUUGGAAAUCUUAUUUUUUAUAUUGUGUAGCAUUUAUUCACUUAUAAAAAGAAGCAGCAUGUCAAGUAAAGAGCUUUGCUUUUCAACCCUUGCUCUGUUUGAAGUUUUUUCCCCUCACAGAACACUUCUGUUUUCCACAAGACAUUCUAUUUUCAGACCUUCUGCUGCACACUUCUUUAAACAAAGUAGCUCCCUACAUUUGUCUGACCCCUGUUUUCAAAUACAUCUCUCCUGCUGUUGCAGUUUCAGGUAUGUGUUCUAUAUAGCCAGCCUUUCAGAAGCAGGCAAGUACUGAGCCUCAUGAAAAAUUUAACGUCGGCCUGUUUUCCAGGGUUGCUUUUCCUGUUUCCUCCCUCCUUGACUUUCGUGUAAAUAAUUAAGAGUGAUGCACUCUUUGCUUAUGGACAGCCCUUGGCGUAUUCUCUGCUUUUCAGCUCAGCUGCUGCUUUUCCAUAUUUCAUGUGCUUCCCUUUCUCUCAGCAAGCAUUUUCUCUCUCGUGCUCACACGGGCUAGAGACACAGAGGCCCCCUGCAGCCGAUGAGCCAGUUGGCGCUUUGUGCUCAGAAGGAAGGGAGCGACUGUCAGAUUUCCUUUAUGCAUUUCCCCUUCUUCACACUACCUGGGGUGACAGUAGAUUUGCUGUUUUCAGAAAGGCAGGGACUCAAGACAAGGUGUCCUGUCUUUUAGUUUUCUUUUCAUUUGAGUCCCUUAUGGCCACUCGUGGAAGACUCAUGUUAAGCUUUGUGUGUUUGGCAGUCCAUGCAAUGCUGCUUCCAAAUUUCAAUGCAAAUAACAGGCUGCAAAUAUCAGCCUGACUUUUAAGUGCUUUUGUUAAGACCCCAACCCAAAAUGUCAAAAGCAUCUAAAACAAAGAUAUUGGUUUCAUUUGAUAAUUUUCAUAUGUUUGUGGACUCUAUAGCUGCAUUAUGCCAAAAGGGGGGAAUACCUGUGUAGAAUAUGUAGUUAAUAUCUUAGGAGGAUCGUGUUUUGUGCUUUUUGUGAGAUUUACAAUCCAUUUAGUAUAAGACAGGUUGAUUGUCCAUUUAGUGGUACAGUCUAGACUUUUAGACAAAGCUCACCCAUUUGAGUAUGUAGUUAUCACUUUCUUUUCCAGUUUCUGCUAUAACCUCUCUGUUUCUCUUUCUUCACUGUCUGCAAUGACUGAAAUGUUUUCCCCAAAGUUAUUUCACACGACACCUUUCAAGAAAAGUUUCUUUCACCAAAAGAUGUAGAAAAAAUAUUCAGAUGCAAAAGAAAAUACAUCUUAAACAUGCCUAAAAAGACAGCCAUGGCAGAUAAAUGGUUGCAAAGCUAAUAAACCUUUGCACACCCUGGUGCUUGGAAAUUUCCAUACAUAAGGGUAUGCAAAUUAAAACCAGCUGUGCAAUCCCAGAACCCACCCCGGUCUACUAACCAAUCGCCAACCCCCAGAGUUAAAGCUCAUUUUUCUUUAGAGAAAAGCCAAAAUUCCAAAAUGAUUCAACAUUUCACUACGUUGAAGAAUGGUGCCAAGGUUUUGCUGUUACAGCUUUUUGCUGCUGUUGUUUCUAUUUUUAUUCCUCAUGGCAGUUCUAUACUAUACGCUGAGCUGUAUCUUCUUCAGCCUACGCUGCCUUGUAUGCAGUCUCUGUUUUUGGCUUGCCCUCAUUCAUUAGUUCCAAGUUUUUCCAGCCUGGGAAUCUGGAACUAAUUCUUUCUGACAACUGGAAAGCUUUGCCUGUCACCUACCAACUAAGGCAGACCCUUUCUCCAUCCAUCUCUCUGAGGGGUGACCGCGGGUGCUGGUUAUGUAUAUAUUAAACGACUAAGAAAGGGUGACAAGAAUGGGAAAGGACUCCGGCAUUUCUCCAUGAAGGUGUGUGAGAAGGUGCAGAAGAAGGGCACGACAUCUUACAACGAGGUGGCGGACGAGCUGGUGACAGAGUUCGCCGACUCCAGCAGUCUGAUGGCUGCAGAUUCUCAGGUGUACGAUCAGAAGAAUAUUAGACGCCGGGUCUACGACGCCCUGAAUGUUCUGAUGGCGAUGAACAUCAUCUCAAAAGAAAAGAAGGAAAUCAAGUGGAUUGGGCUUCCAACCAAUUCCGCUCAGGAAUGUCAGAAUCUGGAGCUGGAGAAACAGAAAAGGAUAGAACGGAUAAAGCAGAAGAGAGCCCAGCUGCAGGAGUUGAUUUUGCAGCAAAUAGCUUUUAAAAACCUGGUGCAGCGGAAUCAGCGGGCAGAGGAGCAGAGCCAGUGUCCUCCCCCAACCAACUCCAUCAUCCAGCUGCCCUUCAUCAUCCUCAACACCAGUGUGCGCACAGUCAUAGACUGCAGCAUCUCCAGUGACAAGUGUGAAUACCUCUUCAACUUUGAUAACACCUUCGAGAUCCACGAUGACAUUGAAGUGCUCAAACGGAUGGGAAUGUCUUUGGGCCUGGAGAGUGGGAAAUGCACCCCAGAGAACAUAAAACUGGCAAAGUCCUUGGUGCCAAAGCCUUUGGAAAGUUACGUUACAGCCAUGGGUAAGGGCCCUUCCUGGCUAGACCAGGAUCAUUGCACCAGCAGCACUGAUCAGCCUCACCCCCCUCUGGAUACCACAAGCAAUAUGUCCUUAGCUCAUAUAGGCUCUUACCCAGCGCUGUGCGUGGACACAGAAGUGGCCUUGACCACCGCCCACUGCCUGAGCCGCCGCAGUCGCCGGUGCAGCAGCGCCACCGCCUCGCACUGCUCGGAGUCGCGCGGGGAGACGCCCUGCUCCUUCAACGAGGAGGAAGAAGAGAACGACGCUUCCUCCCCGGAAUGAGGAGCUCGCCGCGCUCCGGGACACAAGACUUUGUUCCGUUUUCCCCUGGUUUCUGUAGUUUGGGUUUCCCUCUCGUGCCAUGUCCAUACUUUUUUCUGCAGAAUGCGAAUGCAUACCACGUGAUGUGUGAGGAAAGAUAAGAAAUGCCAAUCUCCACCUGAUCAAAUAGGAGAAUAGAAAAGGGGGAGAAAAUAGCGGUAGAUGGGGCGAUCUCAACAGGGAAUAAUUCCACAUAGCUACAAGACCGUAUCAUAAAUCAAUCUUCUAAAAUCAAUCCACACUGCUUUUGAAUGAAACAGUAUUUUUUUUUUCUUAAGGAAUCUGCAUUAUGUCACAAGUAAAUUCUGUUCCGUAAUAUUCAGUUAUAUUUUUAUGCUGAUUAAUGCUGAUCUUACUUUUUAACAUUGUCCAUUUCUUUGAUCACUGUACAUCCUAGGUAACACAUUUUCAGAAACUGCUAAGCUGUAGAAAAGCUUUGAAGAGAGCUCUUUCUUCCCUGAACAUAUCGUCUUCAGUGGCAGUUAACAGACUCCAUUUUUCUUUCUGCGUCUUUUACAGUAUUUCUGCGGGUUAAUACAUUAAUAUAUCUUGCUGGUGCUGGGGUAUGACCCUGUAAUUAUUCAGCCAAGAGAGAAACAUCAUUUCAGUGUCAGGGCGGUUCUGACAGCUGUGCUCACAAACACAUCCUUUUAUUGGCCUUUAACUUCUUUUAUGGUGAUAAAGGAUUUGAGUCUUCUGAGGAUUUUUCAUAUAUAUAUUUCCUAUUUUACCACAACCCUUUUUGUUUCUAAAAAAAUAUAUUUCAGCAUAAAUACAUGAAUUCACACUUUCAGGAAUAAAAAAGGUGUUAGUUUCCUCAUUUUUGUAUAUGCCGUUUAUAUAUAUGUGUGUAUAUGUGUGUAUAUAUAUUUGGGUUCAAGCUGUUUUUGUAUUUAGCGUUACUGCUGUAUGCAGUGCUCCUCAAUACAGUUUUAUAAAUGAAGAUUCAUGUCUUAACAACUUUAGGUGGAGGAAUAUCUGAGCUAUGAUAAUCUUAUAAUAAUGUGGCCCAGUCUUUUCUCAUUUAACCUAAAUGGGUUGUUUUAACUUAACUGUGGAGAACUGUUCAAAAGACUAAUUUGAAGUGUUUUUCAUGUCAUUUAUGGAUGUUCAAUGGCAUGCGGCACUCUGUCCACAAGGCAGGAAAUAAGACUUCCGAGGAUUGAUCAAGAAUUUGUAACUGCGGUCUAGCUCCUCACUGACCAGUCGUGGUUUUAAUUUUCCAUUGUGAAAAGAAAAGUCAGGCUGUUCUUGUCUUGGCUUGAAUCUAAUCUUGUCUUUCACCUGUUUCUCUUUCAUGUACAUUACAAGACUGUAGCUUCAGUAGAAAAGAAAACAUCAUUGUCUUGAAAUGCUUUGUAAAUAGUACCCCACUGUUUUUUUUUUUUGGCACAUUUUUUUUAGCAUUUUUUUCUAUAUAAGGACAUGUACUAUACUGAAAUACAAAGGUUUUUUUUCAUUGCUCUGCGAGAGUUAGGCCUCUGGUGGAUACCAUCUCAGGCCAGACAAGGGCUUUCUUCCUCAUCAUUAUCCACCUUGGUGGCCUUGACAUAGUUCCUUUCUGUGUGCAUCCUGCUUUCACAGUGGGGUCACCAGAAAAUAGAAAUCCAGAUUGUACAAAGCAAAUAAAGGUACAGUCAAAAAACGGAACUGUGGUGAGUUGUUGUGCUCUGUGCUGCAGAGAACUCUUUACGAACAUGAUAUGUUGCAGCUCUUCUGAAACUGGUCUACGGCCUUGACAAGUAAUUCGGCCCUGGCAUGUGUUGAGAUUUACCCACACCUGCCAUUCCGCGUUCGUCUGGCACUCCCUCACUCUCCGAAUUUCAGAAAUGCCCGUGGAUGAAAACUACUUUGAAUGCCGGCUCGCCCACAGGGCACUGUGGAAGCAGCAUUGCAUAUUUGAAUAUGUAUAAGACGUUUUCAAAACCACCAACCCCAGAAGAAUUAAGUCAGAAAGUACAGUGCUGUAUUUGGUGGAAUGAACGAUAGGAAAUGAAGCAUCAACUAAGCUUUCUUGGAAGCUGGAAAUGUCAGAUUCUGUCACCAGAUAGUCACCUUUUCCUAUUGCACUGUAAUGUUCUCAAAGAAAACAUUGUCUUUGUGAAGGUUUUUGGUUGUCUGUUGAGUAAAAUCUAUUGGUUCUUCACUAGAUCAGCAGUUGUCAUUAAACCUAAAAAAAUUCCUUCUGAAAAUAGCAAUUUCCAGAAAGACUUUUUACGUCGUAUAAAAACACAGCCGUGUCUUCAGAAACCUCAGAAAUUUUGACUUGUCAGAAUUAGGGCACACAGCUUACAUUAGUAACAAGUGAUCUGUACAAUAAGGGCGAAAUUGUGUUCUUGAGCAUUAUGUUUUUAUGCAGUCCAGCGUAUCGAUAACUGAAAUGUCAGUUCAUUCAUAGAUCAGUUAUAAUAUAACACGUAUUGUUGUUUUUUAUUGUCGCUUAAUAUGACAGGGAUCACUUAACUCGAGUUAGAUUUAUUAUUCUUCACUAUCUGUAUUAUACAUUAGCAUUAAAUACAUACGCAGUUGCAUAGUCAUUUCAUGUUAACACUUAAAGUAAUGUUUAACAAAUAAGUGAAUGUAAAAACUGCAAAAUGGCAGUCUUCCUUUAGCACAAGUUAUUUUAAUAUUUGGUAGAAUGGCUAAAUCUUUGACCCACACAUGCCACCUCAUCUGAUGAAAGUGUGCAGGAAGUUUAAGGUAACUGGGGUUUCUUUUUUUCUUUUAAUAUUCUUUUAAUUCUGUUGUCCUCUUAUAAAUCAUUUGUUGAGCGUUGAGAGUAAUAAGGCAUCUGAAAUAAAUGUGCAAUUGAGUAUUUAA